GCCACCCCGGGGAAGGCCAACUCCGCCCGCCUGAGUCACGGCCCGAGCUGGGGAGGAGCCGGGAAGGCGGCCCCAGCCCAGAGCGCAGCCGGCGGCUUCGGGGCGAGCCGGGCCGGGCGGUCGGGGAUCAUGGGGGAGAGCGCGCUGGAGCCGGGACCGGUGCCCGGAGCGCCGGCGGGGGGCCCGGUGCACGCGGUCACCGUGGUGACCCUGCUGGAGAAGCUGGCCAGCAUGCUGGAGGCGCUUCGCGAGCGGCAGGGGGGCCUGGCGCAGAGGCAGGGCGGCCUGGCGGGCUCCGUGCGCCGCAUCCAGAGCGGCCUGGGCGCGCUGAGCCGCAGCCACGACACGACGAGCAACACGCUGGCGCAGCUGCUGGCCAAGGCCGAGCGCGUGGGCUCGCACGCCGAUGCCGCCCAGGAGCGCGCCGUGCGCCGCGCCGCCCAGGUCCAGCGGCUGGAGGCCAACCACGGGCUGCUGGUGGCGCGCGGGAAGCUCCACGUUCUGCUCUUCAAGGAGGAGGCUGAAAUCCCAGCCAGCGCCUUCCAGAAACCGCCGGAGCCCUUAGGCCCGGGAGACCAGGCCGAACCCGGCCCGGAGCAGCUGGAGGCCGAAGUGGGGGAGAGCUCGGACGAGGAGCCCGUGGAGUCCAGGGCGCGGCGGCUGCGGCGCACCGGCUUGCAGAAGGUCCAGAGCCUGCGAAGGGCCCUUUCCGGCCGGAAAGGCCCUGCAGCGCCCACAGCCACGCCUGUGAAGCCGCCUCGCCUGGGGCCUGGGCGGAGCGCCGAGGGCCAGCCCCAGGCCGAGCCUGCGCUGGAGUCCAAGCUGGAGCCAGAACCUCCCCAGGACCCCGAGGAAGCUCCCGGGAGACCCGAGGCGGCGGAAGCGGCGGCCGUGCUCCAAAUAGAGAGUGCGGCCUGACGGCUAGUGCUGUCUGCCUCCCCCGGUGCCUGUGCCCAGUCCCAAAAUAAAUCUCCUCUCAGAAUGCAGCAUUCUCACCCAAAUAAGGAGUGAAUCCUGCACCCACAGCCCAGGGCGGGCCCUCCCUUCCCAGCUUCUUCAGUCCGGCACCCCCUUGUCCUCUGAAAGAGCAGCCACUCACACGGGCACCUGCUUGCCUUCACCAUCAAUAAAAUAGUGUCACCGAA